AUGAGUUCCAACAAAAAGGAGGUACAGCUGUAUACUGCGUGGUUCUGUCCCUUUGCACAACGAGCAUGGAUGGCGCUUCUAGAGAAAAAUGUGGAUUUUGAGUACAUUGAGACUGACCCUUACAAUAAAACUCCAGAAUUUUUGGCUGUGAAUCCGAGGGGUCUUGUACCUGCAAUCGUCCACAAAGGUCGCUCAAUUUAUGAAUCUACUAUCUGCAUUGAAUAUGUUGAUGAGGUGUGGCAGCAUGAGCCGAGACUGCUGCCAACAGAUCCUUAUGAAAGAGCUGUGGCGAGAAUUUGGGUUGACUUCAUUGGCAAGAGAAUUAUCCCAGUUUUCUACAGGAUACUUCAAAAGGAAACCGAAGAGGAGCGAGAGGAAGGGAAAGUGGAACUGUUGAAAAACAUACAGUCCAUAACUGAAGCAAUGUCUGAGAAGGAACCAUUCUUCUUUGGUGAAAACUUUGGAACCGUGGACAUCGUUUUGAUUUCCUACGCAUCACGUCUGUUUGUUCUGAAGCACUAUCGCAACUUUGAAGUGCCACAUAAUGAGACAUUUGCACGUUUCCACAAGUGGCUGGAAGCUGCUGAAAAUCGGCCAUCAUUCAAAGCCACAAUGCCAGAACCCGAUAGAAUACUUGCUUCAUAUGAAAAAUAUGCAAACAACACAGCCCAAAGCGAACUAGCUGUCGCCAUAAGAAAAGGCACUGCCAUACCAUAG